UUGUAUCACGCGCAUUCUCUCUUUAAAUUUGGUACUCACAUUUUCCCACACAUUCCCACUGAUCAUUUCCAUUACCAUUCUUCUGCUUCUCUUUCCUCUAUUUCAUUUUCUCUUAUUUUCAUUUCCAUUUUCUCACCUAACAAACACAAAACAAUUCUCUUUUUCUGAUCCAAAUCAUGAAUUUGAAAUCCAUUUUGGGCCGGAAAAAGAAAUCCGACCCCUCCGCUAGUUCAUCAACCACGGUCACCGCAAACCCAAUGGCGUCGCGCUCGCAGUCCCAGAACAGCAAGGCCCAGCUCGUCGCGGAGCUGGAGGAGGUCUUCCGGAGGUUCGACGUCAAUGGCGACGGCAAGAUCUCGUCGUCGGAGCUCGGAUCCAUCCUGGGCAGCAUGGGGCACCGGGCGACGGAAGAGGAGCUGGACAAGAUGAUCAGAGAGGUGGACGGCGACGGCGACGGCCACAUCGAUCUCCAGGAGUUCGUGGAGCUGAACACCAAGGGCGUGGAUUCGGAAGAGGCGUUGGAGAAUCUCAAGGACGCGUUCUCGGUGUACGACAUCGACGGGAACGGGUUGAUAUCGGCGGAGGAGUUGCAGAGGGUGUUGAAGAGCCUGAACGACGAUUGCUCGCUGGCCGAGUGCCGGAAGAUGAUCAACGGCGUCGAUAGGAAUGGGGACGGAAUGAUUAAUUUCGAGGAGUUUAAGGUGAUGAUGAUGAAGGGUCGCGCCUGGAUUUGAUAAACAGAUCCCAUUGAUCGAUCAUCUUCCGUCAUAGGAAUAAAAGCUGAUGCAUAUCCAAAUCCCCUGCAUUUCCCA